GACGUCACCACGCACGGUACGUACUGACGGUUUAAUGGACAGGACGCGGAAGAGCGCCGUGUUCCGUCCCCGCGUCUCGGGCUGACUUCAGGCCGGUGAGAGGAGCUGCCUGUCCGGUCACCUUGUCUCCGGAGUCCCGCUGGGAGCCAUGGCGGGUGUGUGGGCUCCGGCUGAUGAAGACUGGCAGGACUUUAACGAGUUCACCGCGGCAUCAGACGCCACACCGCAGCCUGGGGAUCCGGGGCCUGAGCGGGACUUGUACACGGAGGGCGCUAUGACCCGGGGGAACACGAGCUGGGCGUCCGGGCAGGACCUGUGUGUCACUAAUAAACACACGGAUAAUAACAUCAGUGAUAUUAAACCUAUUACUGAGGAUCACUUACUGAGGGAGGACGAAAUAUGGAAUGCUCUGACAGAUAACUAUGGGAAUGUGAUGCCUGUGGACUGGAAGACGUCUCACACUCGUUCUCUCCAUCUUCCAUCUCUCAACCUUGUCCAGCAAGCGAAGGAGGAAAGUGUGAAUCUGGACCUGUCUGAUGAUGAGGAGCUCCGGGAGCAAAUGGACCUUCACUCCAUUAUUGUGUCCUGUGUUAAUGAGGAACCACUGUUUACUGCAGAACAGGUAAUCUCAGAGAUUGAGGAGAUGAUGCAGGAGACUCCAGAUACAGAUGUGGAUCAGUGUGUUUCUCUGCCAGAUCUGUCCAUCCUGUCCCAGGAGCUACACACACUCAGACACUCCUCAUCCACCAGCAGCUGUGAAGAGCGUCUCUAUGGCAUGAAGGUAUGUGAGCUAGAAACACUGCUGGACGAGGUGGAGAAGAAGAUCCGGGUGUUCUCUGAGGAGCUGAUCGAUCAGCUGGCUCUGCGUGAUGAACUGGACUUUGAGAAGGAAGUAAAGAACACUUUCAUCUCUCUGCUCAUUGAUGUACAGAACAGACAAAAGGAGGUGGUGAAGAAGAGGAGGAAGGGCAGGAGCAUGGCUGGGACACCCAGGGGAGAGCGCACACAUGCACCUGGGACUUAUUUAACUACAGUUAUACCCUAUGAAAAGAGAAGUGGUGCUCCAUCAGUUGAAGACCUUCAGAUCCUCACCAAGAUUUUACAUGCCAUGAGGGAUGACAGUGAAAAGGUUCCCAGCUUGCUGACUGAUUACAUCCUGAAAGUCUUGUGUCCUACAUAAACUGGAUGAACAGAUGAACAGAUCCAGAUGAAACAUGAGAUUUUUCACCGUGUCAGUAGGUCAUGAUAUCUUGAGGCUUGUGCAUCUUACAGCACUGAUCAGUGGUGGAGUUUCCCCCAAGAUGGAGCAGAAGCCCAGUCUGAAUGUCCACUGGCUCCAUCUCACACAGUCCACAUGUUUGUCUCCUGCACUAGAAACAUCACUUAGUGAGUUUUACUGCUAAACACUAAGCUCAUGGACCUGCUGGGUUUCUGUCCCAGUUUGUGAUGGAAGCUGAAACGUGCCAACACUAAAUCCACAUCAGCAUUAGGCCCAUUAUCAUAAGUUUAUUUUUUUCUCCUUUAGUGUCUGGAUCUCGAUGUUUCUAGAAGAAUUUCUAUUUUCUGAUGCAGUCGUGUUAAUCACAAAAUGUGAAGAUGAUCAAAUAUUUUGUCCGAUCUUACGUUCAGCAGCUAACGUUUAUAAUAUAAACACGUAAGAAUCCAAAUAAACUUAGAAUAGAAUUUACACAGUAUUCCAUGUGAAGGUCAUGACCUUAAAUAACUUUAUUAAGUCAUCAUUAAGAUUGAAUGACAUCAGACAUGGAACUGCUCGUCCAGGCUCCAGAACCUUCUCGUUGGACCUCAGCAUGGGAAUCUUUCUAGUUUUGUUUAUGUUCAUGUGUGUUAAGUGCUCGAACACAUCUCAGCUCGGUGUGACUGGCUGCAGACGUUUCAGGAAACUGUUUUUUAUUCAUUAAUAAGUGAAAUUUGAUAGAUUUGUAGUUUUGAUAAAGAAAAAUGAAACAAAAAAAAUGAAGCGUAGAGUUUAAACCUGCACGUGUGUCGCUAAAGCCAGCGUUAGGUUCAUUACAGAAUCCAUACACUGCAGCGUUUCACCCAAAUACAGAAAUAUCUGACUCUAAACAUAUCCUCACUCCUCAUAACACCUCCAGGGUUCUUCACCUGGUCUUCAAAAGUCUACAGAGAAGCUACAACAGCAUUUCUUAGGUUUAAUCUGGAAGAACCCUUAAAGGUUCUUCAUCAUAAACACAACCCUUUAUUGGAACCUUUAAUGACCCAAUAAACCCUUAAAGACGCUCUGAAGGACCAUCUCGUACAUGUUUAUAGAGUUCAGGCUUCUUCAAGCUUCAUCUCUUGUCAGAUAUCCAAGAGUCCGUUGGAUGUAACUCGAGCAGGUUCUAGAGUCUGAGAUGAAAAUAAGAAGCAAUAAUUUUGUUUGUACCAAAACGCACAAAACAAACAGGUUCUUCAGGGGUUCUUUUGGGUUUAAGGACCCUUUGACGGUUCUAGAUUUACAUCCAACACAUUCACUUAUCUGAUGAAAGAUUUACUCAAGACUCAAACCGAACAUACAAAAAGGUUCUUCAGAGGUUCUUUAAUGGCUCAUUAACAGUUCCUCACUUCUGAUAAUGAAAUGGGGUUUUUUUGUUUCUUUUAUGAAGAACCUUUAAGGGUUCCUCCAGCUUCAGGAUGUGGUACUUUAUUUGUUAAAGCGUUGGACCGCUGAUCAGAAGGUUGUGAGUUCAAAUCCCAGGUCCACCAAGCUGCCACUGCUGGACUCUUGAACAAGGCCUUUAAAUCUCAACUGCUCAGUUUCAUAAAAGUGUAAGUUGCUGUGAAUAAAGCAGUCUGACAAAUGCUACGUAUGUAGAUGUAACUGAGGAACCCUUGAGUUGUUGUUAUUAUUAGUUUAAAAUCAGGACAAUAAAGUAAUAACAGAAUGGAGAAUGUUGUGAGUUUGGUGCAGAACAACAGACUUACUUACUGAUGAACAUCAGUUUAAAAGUUACUUCACAGAACCAAAGAUGGACUUUUAUUUCCAUGAGACUCGCAGAUGUAGUUUUUGUUAGCUAGCAUUAGCGUUUAGCAUCAGCCAUGCUGUUUGUGAUCAGCAUGUUUUGUUUUAGCAUGUUGUAUUUAACGGUUUGUUUAAAGGGUGUUCGAUCUGAACAUGUACAUGAACAUGAUAAAUGAACAAUCUACAUGUUGUUUUCUUCUUGGAACGUGAACGUGGUGGAGCGUCAAGGACACUUUUAUUGGCUGAAAUCACAAAACAAGAAGCUAAAAAUAACCACAAUAACCUGAUGGAUAAUAGCUCAAUAAACUACAGGAUUAAACAUGGCUAGCAGGUUAGCAUUGGAGUAGCAGGGUUUGUUAGUUUUGUAGCUAAGCUCGGUCACUGAGGCUAAUAACGUCCUGGACGCUACACCAGCGUUAGCUUCAUGCACUUAUUUUUCUUUAGCGCUAAAGAGAUUGAGAAAAAAGGGAACUAUCUAAAUAUCCCAUGAUGCUUUGCAAGCCCCUUGCUGAUUGUUUGCACCAUGUGUUGGAAUAUAAGCAUGUUAGCUUGUAUAAUAAGCAAUAAUUUAUAAAUAUUUCACAUUUGAAUGAUAUUAAUGAACAUGGUUACAGUUUUACUUCCACAACACCAAGGUUUUCUUAGCUAGCGCUGCCUGUAUUAGCAUUAGUGUUGGUUAAACCGGUGCAUGGUGUAAACGCGGUGUUUAAAAUGCGCCACAUCCAGGUGAAGAAGUGGAAAGAAACAAAUGAACUCUGCGUCGGUGAGGAUGUGAACGAGGGAGCAGCAGAAACAUCUGUAACAUCGCUGAGCUCAUCAUCAUCUCCUCAGAUUCAGAGAUUUUAUAUUUAUAUUCAAAUAAAAAUAACAAACAAGAGAAACUGUUUUUUUUUUUUUUGUAACUGCCUGAUAUUUUAUACAUUGAAAGUUAUUUCUAAAGCAGCUUUUACCUCAUAUGGAGUCAUUUAUGUAGUUUUAUAACCAGCUCAUGCUCUGUAACUGUACAUAUGCUUUUGUGCCUCAUGAUUCAUUUGGAAUAAAUGCUAACGUGCUAAAAAA